GCAGGCGCAGCAGCCUUGGUGGUGAGCCUUCCUCCCUCCCUCCCUCCCAUUCGACUCGCUUGAUCCCUUUCCAUUUCUCUCCACCUCCGCACCUCCUCCCUCACUAAGCAAGGCAGCCGAGUCACGCCUCCCUCCACUCCUCUACCGCUCCCGCUCUCGCUCCGAACCCAUCUCGCGUCGCCGGAGGAGGAUGGAGAUCGACGAGGCGGUGCGCGGGUGCAGCGACCUCCGGCUGCGCACCAAGUACGGCAACGCCGUCUACGUCGUCCAGCGGGCCUUCGCGCUCUACCCAUCACUGGUUGGAGUGGAUGCCUUUAAUCCGCGUUCUGAAGCAGCUGAAAGUAUGUACAUUGCUCUUGUUGCAGUUUAGACAGGUUUUGUUGGCUGUUCUUGUUGGAAUUUGAAGGGGUUUUUCCUUUAAAAUUUGAAUUUGAGUUGGAGUCAAAUUUGAAUUGAGCAAAUUCUUUAAAAAGAAAAAAAAAGGAUGAGGCCAGACCGAGUGGGCCGCUUCUAGGCUCAAAGGCCAAGCAGCCCACCCGGCCGGUUGCCUAACCUAAAAGGGUGCCCAUGCCCUGGGGUCUGGCGGUGGCCGCCACAGGGGCACGUGGGGGGCUCCGCCCUUCUCGGUCGCCCGUUCGCCGCCCGACAGAGUCAGUGCGCCGUUGUGGCGUCGUGGGAUGGAUGCCGGGUCUCUUCCUCUCCCUUCAAAUGCAGGUGAACUCACCUGAGCUCCUCCCUAGUCUAUUCUGCUAGCUGCUCUCCACUUGCUCUCACGGCCACGGUUCUCUCUCUAUCUCUCUCUCGCGCGAGGCUGUGCCGGCUUCUUCCGGUGGGGCGUCGACCGACGCGGUAGAGCUCGUCUUUGGUCGAGUUCCCGUCGGCUCUCUCUCGCCGGCCUCGUGCGGGAUUUGACGCUGCGCCUUCUGCCUGUUCGGUGCUCGGCGGUUCGGUUGCCGGCUGCGCGUGUGCGCGAGGAGAUCCGUGGUGUUGUCGGCUUGGUGGUUUCUGGGCUGUGCCUUCGUGCACGCCAUAGCUUGCAGUGUUCGGCUUCUUCACCUUGGCCCGGUGUUGGAUUCUUGCUGUUGUGGUUUUCUCUGCUUCUCGGGUGUCGGCUGUGGUGUGCCUCGCAGCCGGCUCUGUGGCAUUGUAUCUCCGAAAGCUAUUCCCAGUUGUCCUCGGCAUAGAGGGGGAAUCUCAGUUUUCUGGGACAACGCGUUCGCGUGCCUUGCCAUCUUCAUCCUGCUGGACAUUCUUAGGCCAGUCAGGAGCAAACUGCUUACAGAUUACUUUUACAAGGCGUUAAGCUGUGAAUAGUUUUGUAGUUCAUUGAAGUUACUAAGAGGAACUGCGAUCAAGUCAAUAUGCACCUUACAGGGUUUGAGGAAGUUGCCUUCAGCUUUAAUGGUGGGAAGGAUUCAACUGUGCUCCUGCAUUUACUCCGGGCUGGUUACUACCUUUACAAAAAGGAUUCUGGUGAUGUAGCCCAAAUGGAUGCUGUUAAAAACUGUCCAGUGCGUACGAUCUAUUUUGAGAGUCCUUGUGCUUUCCCUGAAAUCAAUUCAUUCACUUAUGAGACCGUUGCAACUUACGGGUUGCCACUGGAAACUAUCCAAUCAGAUUUCAAGUCUGGCCUAGAAGGCCUACUGAAAGAGAAGCCUACUAAAGCAAUUUUCAUUGGCACAAGAAUUGGUGAUCCAAAUGCGGUUGGUCAAGAACAGUUUUCUCCUAGUUCACCUGGCUGGCCUCCUUUUAUGAGGGUGAAUCCUAUCUUGGAUUGGUCAUACAGGGAUGUUUGGUCGUUUCUCUUAACAUGUAAGGUCAAAUACUGCAGCCUUUAUGAUCAAGGGUAUACUUCCAUUGGGAGCAUACAUGAUACUGUUCCAAAUGCGCUUCUUAGUGAUUCAUCGACCAGGGCAAGCUUUAGACCAGCAUAUAUGCUGUCAGACGGAAGGCUUGAAAGGGCUGGUAGAACAAAAAAGACUAAUCAUAAAAUAGAAAUGAAUUAUGUUGCAAGCAAUGGCAUGAACAAUACUGAGGCAGAACAGAUGAUCUCACGCUCAGCUUCAAUCAUUGUAGUCGGUGACGAAAUAUUGUUUGGCUCAGCUGAGGAUAAAUUAGGGGCAUCCUUAUGCAAGAAGCUUCAUGCAAUAGGCUGGCGGGUUUCUCAUGUAGCAGUUGGUCGCAAUGAAAUUGAUUCUGUUGCUGAAGAAGUUGAACGUUUUAAGUCUACAGAUGACUUGGUGUUUAUUUUUGGAGGACUUGGGCCUCUACAUUCAGAUGUUUCUUUGGCUGGUGUUGCAAAAGCAUUUGGAGUUCGUCUGGCUCCUGAUGAAGAGUUUGAGGAUUAUCUUAGUCAACUCAUGGGAAACAAUUACACUGGUGAUCGAAAUGAGAUGGCUUUGUUGCCAGAAGGUAUUACUGAAUUAUUGCAUCACAAAACACUAUCAUUACCAUUGAUCAAAUGCAGAAAUGUCAUCACUCUUGCUGCAACCAAUGUGGAUGAACUAGACACCGAAUGGGAUUGUCUUCUAGACACCCAGGAGAGUGGUUUAGUGCGGGCAAAACCCUUUGUGUCAAAGCAUCUCAGCACUACGCUUUCAGAUGUUAAAAUUGCUCCGGUCCUUGCAAAACUGUGCUUAGAGUUUUCUGAUGUUUACAUCGGGUCUCAUCGGAUAUCUAGAACUGGGCCUUUGGUUGUGAAUCUUACCGGAAAGGAUAACCAGAGGGUAGAAGCGGCUGUAGAGAAGCUUACAAGUAGCUUUGAGGGACAAUUUUCCCAAGUCGACAGUUGCAAAUAAGCUCACUUCCACAUCCUUGCCAUAUUCUUUCCGCCUGAAGCUCUGAAGUUGUGCAGGACUAAUGACAGUGCAUUGCGGUGUUCAAAUGCCUUAAACCGAGGACCAAAAUAAACCACUAAGCUGCCGGAUAUUAUUUAGGAAACAUAGGAAUUUUGUUCGAGAAGAUUAGGAGUAAACGGUCGUGAGGCCCUUGACUGAUAUACAAUGGUAACUUUGCGCGGGCAAAUAUUGGCCGGGCUUAGAGCCCGUAGCUAUUCAUUGGAAAUCAAUUCAAUUAUAUUAUUAUAGUUUAUAGCAUAGCUUUA